GCUUCCUCUGUCUCUGUCUUUCUCUCCCUUCGUCUCCCUCUCUCUCUCUCUCUCCAAUCUUGUGGUUUGCCAGUGACCCAGAUCGAAAUCCAGCGAAUGAAAGCCAUUCUCGAUCGGAGGCUAUGAAAUGUGACAUCUUUUGAGUUGAAAAUCUCAUGGGGAUUUGUUUCAGUAUUGAAGAUGAUCCUCACCACUCCAUUAAGAAGAUUCCUGUAGGACUUGCAGCAUCUGUGAGUACCCCUUCUGAGUCAGAAAGAAGCAGAAGCAGAAGCAGCACUCCCUUGGCUCCCAGGGAUGUGAAAGAUCUGCGCCAGAAUCCUGGAUACAGCAAUGUUGACAUCUUUACAUAUGAGGAGAUGAGGCUAGCCACAAAGAGAUUCCGCCCUGAUUUGGUUCUGGGUGAGGGUGGAUUUGGAGUGGUUUAUAAAGGACUUAUUGAUGAGUCUGUGCGCUCUGAUUACACUACCAUUCAAGUUGCCAUUAAGGAACUUAAUAGAGAAGGCUACCAAGGUGACAGAGAAUGGCUGGCUGAGGUUAACUACCUUGGACAGCUCAGACAUGAUAAUCUUGUAAAGCUUAUUGGAUACUGCUGUGAGGAUGAGCAUAGGCUUUUGGUGUAUGAAUACAUGGCAAGUGGCAGCCUAGAAAAACAUCUUUUCCGCAGAGUGGGAUGCACGCUGACUUGGGCAAGGAGAAUGAAGAUUGCUUUAGAUGCUGCAAAGGGACUUGCUUUUCUUCAUGGUGCAGAAAGACCUAUCAUAUACCGCGAUUUCAAGACCUCAAACAUCUUGUUAGACGCGGGCUUCAAUGCUAAACUUUCGGACUUUGGUCUUGCAAAGGAAGGGCCUAUGGGAGAUCAAACCCAUGUUUCGACACGGGUGAUGGGUACAUAUGGAUAUGCUGCUCCUGAGUAUGUAAUGACAGGACAUCUAACAGCACGGAGCGAUAUUUAUGGAUUUGGAGUGGUGCUACUUGAGAUGCUUAUUGGAAGGAGAGCGAUGGACAAGAGCAGACCAAGCCGAGAACACAACCUUGUCGAGUGGGCACGUCCACUUUUAAACCAUAACAAGAAGCUUCUGCGGAUUUUAGACCCCAGGAUAGAAGGGCAGUACUCAGCCAAAACUGCAAUGAAGGUGGCCCAUUUGGCAUACCAAUGCCUUAGUCAGAACCCGAAAGGCAGGCCUCUCAUGAGUCAAGUGGUUGAAAUCCUAGAGACUUUUCAGACAAACGAGGAGAAUCAGGAAGAGGAAUUGCUUCAAAGUGGAGGAAGCGGUAUAACUCUUUACGAAGCUCCCAACGCUGCUGCCCCUUCAUCUUUUGAAGAUAAGAAAAGCGUGUACAGAAGCAACGGUGUAAAGGCAGCUGAGGCCUAUCCCAGGAGCAAGCCAGGAAAUGGAAGGAGCAAGAGUGAGCCUCCAAGUGACUUUUUCGAGCGUCAUAACCAGCCUCCUAUGGUGGACGAUGAGAAAUCAGCUUCCACAAGACGUUGAGUUGAGUUGAGUUGAGUUGAUUGAUUGUACCAAAUAUAGGGAUAGAAGGUUGAACUGUAUAAGAUCCCUUCUCAGCUGCUCUAUCCAUUUGUUGUUGUAUGUUUGCUAAGUUUUUUUUUCUUCUCUAAAUGAGAAUUUAAGAUUCUUUUAAGCUAGUUGUUUUGUAGAACAAGCCUUAAACAAAGGCAUAAUAAAUGAAAUUAAAGUGGUAAUUUUCUAAGA